AUGGGCACCCGCCUGCGGCCCGCCGCGCUGUGGGGGGCGGCGCUGGCCGCGGCGGGCGGCGCGGCCGUGGCGGCCUGGGCCUGGGCCCGCCUGCGGAGCCGGGCCGCGCCGCCCGCCGCCCGCCCUGCCGCUGCCGCCGCCACCGAUCAGGGUAGAGGACACAGCAAGCAGAUACUGGUGCUGGGCCUGGAUGGGGCUGGGAAGACCAGUGUUCUCCACUCCCUGGCAACUAACCACGUCAAGCGCAGUGUGGCUCCCACCGAGGGCUUCAAUGCCGUCUGUGUCAACACCGAAGAGUCCCAGAUGGAGUUCCUGGAGAUCGGGGGCAGUGAAUCUCUGCGUUCAUACUGGAAGAUGUACUUGCCCAAAGUGCUGUUGCUAAUCUAUGUCGUGGACUCGGCCGAUCAUGCCCGACUGCCUGUGGCGAAACAGCUGCUUCAUCAACUGAUCCAGAACAACUCCACCCUGCCGGUGGUGGUUCUGGCCAAUAAGCAGGACCUCGAAGGUGCAUAUUGCAUCACCGAUAUCCACGAUGCUCUGGCGCUGGCUGAUAUUGGGGACGAGAGGAAGAUGUUCUUGAUCGGUACCCACGUGGCAGAGGAUGGCUCUGAGAUCUCCUCCAGCAUGAAGGAUGCCAAGGAGCUGAUAGCGCAGCUGGUUUUGGAAACACAGUGACAGCUCUUUUCCUGCAACGUGAUAUUUGCAGCUGAGGGAGACGAGGUGUUAGUGUACGGUCAGUUUGCCGCGUGGCGACUGAAAUGUACAGGUAUCUUUUCCUUGUGGGUGUGGAAUUCCUCUGAAAAUGAUGUCUAGUUGGUAAGAAAAUCUAAUUUAUAGUGGUUUGAAAAUACAUUUGAAAAGUAGUCUGGUUUUUAGCGUACUUGUAGGGGAAAAUUAGUCUCUCGGACAGCAGAGUUAAGGGGAUGUAUAGCUUAGAUGGGCUGAGAUGGCUUCUUGCCAGGUGGGAAUCAAGCAGUGACUUCAGUGGAACAAAGUUGUAUCCAGUGAAUUUAACCUGGCUUGAUGUCUCAGGCUUAAAUUGAAGUAUGUUUACUUCACAGGUUUUACAGAACCCUGUUAACAGUGGUGUUCUGUUAAAAAUGAGACCUCACUUCUUGACAAUGUCAGAAAUUUAAAGUGCUGCGACCGGUAUUUUUGACAGUGACAAUUUUUGUUGUUGCUGUAUUGGAGCGGGCUUUUAAGGGAGUGGCAAAUUAGUAAUCUCUGGAAAUUGGGUUGGUUACCGCUUCUUUAGUGGGUAAGAACAAGAAAAUGAAAGCAGUAAGACAUUAAGUGUUUCUUUGCCUACAGGGAAAAAACAAAACAGUGUAAUUUAAGGUAGUGACUGGAAGCAUUUAAGUUAAAUUGGCACCAAAGGAGGGAGGCUCCUCCAUCAGGCUGAGCGGCUUAUUUCAGUUUAGUCCAGGUUGUCCUCAAGCAAGCAAGCAGUCUUACGUGUGAAAAACCUGUUGUUUUUUGAAAGUGAUUUCUGUUAGCACAGCAGGUGAGGAAGAUGAGUUGCUGACGAGCGUCGCUCUCCCAGUGUCCUCGUAAUUACGCUCCAAGAAUGUGACCCAGGAGCAGCGCUCUGUAAAGGACCCGUUUUGCAACCGCAUUUAUUGUAUGAGGUCUUUACGGUUUUGUCCUUCGGAACAGAUGCAUAAAGCAGAAAAUUUUA